AUGGAAUGCAGCGUCCUGUUUCGUGCAGAUUUUGAGUCACUGAUUUGGAGCUGCUUCACACACCUCACGGUCAUGGCGAAGUUCAAUGCCCCUGUCAUUCAGGACAACCCGUCUGGAUGGGGUCCCUGUGCUGUCCCAGAGAAGUUCAAGGAUAUGCCCUACCAGCCCUUCAGCAAAGGAGACCGACUGGGGAAGGUGGCGGAUUGGACUGGAGCAACAUAUCAGGACAAGAGAUACACAAAUAAGUAUUCGUCUCAGUUUGGAGGCGGGAGUCAGUAUGCGUAUUUCCAUGAAGAAGACGAGACGAGCUUCCAGCUGGUGGACACUGCAAAGACCCAGAAGACUGCCUACCAGAGGAACCGCAUGAGAUUCGCUCAGAGAAACUUGCGUCGAGACAAAGAUCGUAGGAACCUGACCCAGUUCAACAUGCAGACGCUGCCGAAGAGCGCCAAGCAGAAGGAGAGAGAUCGCAUGCGGCUGCAGAAGAAGUUUCAGAAGCAGUUUGGAGUCCGUCAGAAAUGGGACCAGAAAUCCCAGUUGAAGCCCCGGGACUCUUCUGUGGAGGUGCGGAGCGACUGGGAGGUCAAAGAGGAGAUGGACUUCCCCCGACUCAUGAAGAUGCGAUACAUGGAGGUGGCUGACCCUACGGACAUUGAGUGCUGUGGAGCCGUGGAGUACUACGACAAGGCCUUCGACCGCAUCACCACCCGAAAUGAAAAGCAGCUCAAAAGCAUCAAGAGGAUUUUCCACACGGUCACCACCACCGACGACCCCGUCAUCCGCAAGCUGGCAAAGACUCAGGGAAACGUGUUUGCCACUGACGCCAUCUUGGCCACUCUGAUGUGCUGCACGCGCUCCGUAAACUCCUGGGACAUCAUCGUGCAGCGAGUCGGAAACAAGCUGUUCUUCGACAAGAGGGACAACUCCGACUUUGAUUUACUGACUGUGAGCGAAACCGCCAACGAGCCUCCGCAGGACGAGGGAAACUCCUUCAACUCUCCCAGAAACCUGGCCAUGGAGGCGACCUACAUCAACCACAACUUCAGCCAGCAGUGUCUGCGCAUGGGAGGAGAACGCCACAAGUUCCCAAACCCCAAUCCUUUUGUGGAGGAGGAUAUGGACAAGAGUGAGGUGGCCUCUGUUGCGUACAGGUACCGCCACUGGAAGCUGGGGGAGGACAUCGACCUGAUCGUUCGCUGCGAACACGACGGCGUAAUGACCGGCGCCAACGGAGAGGUGUCCUUCAUCAACGUCAAGACCCUGAACGAGUGGGACUCCCGGCACUGUAACGGAGUGGACUGGCGUCAAAAGCUGGACUCUCAGCGAGGAGCCGUUCUGGCCACGGAGUUGAAGAACAACAGCUACAAACUGGCGCGCUGGACCUGCUGCGCUAUGCUAGCCGGGUCCGAGUAUCUCAAACUGGGGUACGUGUCCCGUUACCACGCCAAAGAUUCAGCGCGUCACGUGAUCCUGGGCACGCAGCAGUUCAAGCCCAACGAGUUCGCCAGCCAGAUCAACCUGAGCAUGGAGAACGCCUGGGGCAUCCUGCGCUGCGUCAUCGACAUCUGCCGCAAACUGGACGAGGGCAAAUACCUCAUCCUCAAGGACCCCAACAAGGUGAGUGACCCCCCCCCCCCCCCCCCACUACUGCAAUCACUGCCCCCUUACCGCCCAGCCACUGUCCCUUACCGCCCAGCCACUGUCCCUUACCCCCCAGCCACUGUCCCUUACCCCCCAGCCACUGUCCCUUACCGCCCAGCCACUGUCCCUUACCGCCCAGCCACUGUCCCUUACCGCCCAGCCACUGUCCCUUACCGCCCAGCCACUGUCCCUUACCGCCCAGCCACUGUCCCUUACCCCCCAGCCACUGCCCCUUACCCCCCAGCCACUGCCCCUUACCCCCCAGCCACUGUCCCUUACCCCCCAGCCACUGCCCCUUACCCCCCAGCCACUGCCCCUUACCGCCCAGCCACUGUCCCUUACCCCCCAGCCACUGCCCCUUACCCCCCAGCCACUGCCCCUUACCGCCCAGCCACUGUCCCUUACCCCCCAGCCACUGUCCCUUACCCCCCAGCCACUGUCCCUUACCCCCCAGCCACUGUCCCUUACCCCCCAGCCACUGUCCCUUACCCCCCAGCCACUGUCCCUUACCCCCCAGCCACUGCCCCUUACCCCCCAGCCACUGUCCCUUACCCCCCAGCCACUGCCCCUUACCCCCCAGCCACUGUCCCUUACCCCCCAGCCACUGUCCCUUACCCCCCAGCCACUGUCCCUUACCCCCCAGCCACUGUCCCUUACCCCCCAGCCACUGCCCCUUACCCCCCAGCCACUGCCCCUUACCCCCCAGCCACUGCCCCUUACCCCCCAGCCACUGCCCCUUACCCCCCAGCCACUGCCCCUUACCGCCCAGCCACUGUCCCUUACCCCCCAGCCACUGUCCCUUACCCCCCAGCCACUGUCCCUUACCCCCCAGCCACUCAAGUGAUCCGGGUCUACAGCCUUCCCGACGGAACUUUCAGCUCUGACGAAGAAGAGGAGGAAGAGGAGGAUGAGGAAGACGAGGAAGAAGAAGAUGAAGAAAACAUCUGA